AUGGCUGAAGCCGAUAAAAAAAAUGACAACAGUUCAUCAUCUAGUCAACCAAAUAAUGAAGAACAACAAGGAGAGCUUGAAGCUCUUGAAGAACGCAAUGCUCGCCGGAGCUCAACAUCCAUAAGUGAUAUACAAAUCCAGGAAAAAAAUGAUACACUUGGUGAACUUCGAUCGGGUUUUACCAAUACAAGUUCUGACACGUCAUCUAUAUUAAUCAAUACUCCAUUCAGUAAAUAUCGUGGUUCAGUUGCAUGGGUUGAAGGUUUGGAACAAAAUCUUCAUGUUAUUGCUAAAGAUCAAUAUCCAGGACGUGCUAUGGGUGUAUUUACAAGUGGUGGAGAUGCACAAGGAAUGAAUCCAGCCGUUCGAGCUAUUGUUCGUAUGGGUAUUUAUCUUGGUUGUAAAGUUUAUUUCAUACAUGAGGGUUAUCAAGGCCUAGUUGAUGGUGGUAAUAGUAUUCGUCAAGCAACAUGGGCAUCUGUUUCUGGAAUUCUUGAUGAUGGUGGAACAAUUAUUGGUAGUGCACGUUGUCAAGAAUUUCGUGAAAGACCUGGCCGAUUACGUGCUGCAAAAAAUUUAAUUGAUCACGGUAUUAAUAAUAUUGUAUGUAUUGGUGGUGAUGGAUCAUUGACAGGAGCAAAUCUGUUUCGUAAAGAAUGGGAUAGUCUUUUACAAGAACUUGUUCAAAAAAAUGAAAUUACAAAAGAAAAUGCUAAUAAAUAUAAGCAUUUAAAUAUUGUUGGCCUUGUCGGAUCGAUUGAUAAUGAUUUUUGUGGUACAGAUAUGACAAUUGGAGCUGAUUCAGCUUUACAUCGUAUUAUGGAAGCCAUUGAUUGUAUUACAACAACGGCUUCAAGUCAUCAACGUUGUUUUGUUCUUGAAGUAAUGGGUCGUCAUUGUGGUUAUUUAGCAUUGGUUACUGCUCUUGGAUCAGAUGCUGAUUGGGUAUUUAUUCCUGAAUCACCACCUGAACCAGGAUGGGAAGAUCAAUUAUGUAAUAAACUUAAAAAUUCACGAGAAAUGGGACAACGUUUAAAUAUUAUUGUUCUUGCUGAAGGUGCUACUGAUUAUGAUGGUAAUCCAAUAACAAGUGAUGGUGUUCGUCAGCUUGUUUCAAAACGACUUAAAUAUGACACACGCGUAACUAUUCUUGGUCAUGUUCAACGUGGUGGUUGUCCAUCAGCAUUUGAUCGACUUCUUGGUACACGAAUGGGUGCAGAAGCUGUUCUUGCAUUAAUGGAAGCUACACCAACAUCACAACCAGUUGUUAUUGCUCUUAGUGGUAAUCAAACAGUUCGUGUACCAUUAAUGCAUUGUGUAGAAAAAACUUUGGCCGUUGCUGAAGCAAUGAAAUCAAAACGAUUUAUCGAAGCUCAAGAGUUACGUGGCAGAAGUUUCAAGGGAAAUCUUGAAACAUAUAUUUGUCUGAGUGCAGUAAAUGGAGCUGGCCCGAAACUCACUGUGAACAAGGAUUAUAUGCAUACGCAUAUUAGUAAAGGCAAUAUUUUACGAUAUAUUAAAACGAAACUUUGUUUUACACGUAACUAUUUUCAUUUACGAGUUGUCAAACAUUCCUUUAAUUUGGCUAUGCUUAAUGUUGGUGCACCUGCUUGCGGUGUUAAUGCGACUAUACGUGCUAUUGUUCGUUUUGGUCUAUGUGAAGGACAUAAUAUGUUUGCUGUAUUCGAUGGAUUUGAAGGUUUAGUCAAUAAUCAAGUUAAAACUUUACAGUGGAUGGCAGUCAAUGGUUGGAGUAGUGUUGGUGGUUCAUUACUUGGUUGUCAAAAAACAAGUGCAGGUAAAGUUGGUUUAUCAUUAAUAGCAGAAAGAAUUCGUGAACAUAAUUUUCAUGCAUUAUUAAUUAUCGGUGGAUAUGAAGCUUAUGUAUCAGUUCUUCAAAUGUAUGAAGCACGAAAUAAAUAUCCUGAAUUUCAAAUUCCACUUAUUUGUCUUCCUGCUACUAUUUCAAAUAAUGUACCUGGUACAGAAUUUAGUAUUGGUACUGAUACUGCACUUAAUGAAAUUGUUAAAAUUUGUGACAAAAUUAAACAAUCUGCCCAAGGUUCUAAACGACGUAUAUUUGUUAUUGAAACUAUGGGUGGUUAUUGUGGUUAUUUAGCUACAAUGGCUGCCCUUGCUAGUGGUGCUGAUCAAGCAUAUAUAUAUGAAGAACCAUUUACAAUAAAAGAUUUAAUUGAUGAUGUUGAUCAUUUACGUAAAAAAAUGGAAGGACAUUUAAAACGUGGUUUAUUACUUCGAAAUGAAAUGGCUAAUGAACAUUAUUCAACUGAUUUUAUUACAAAAUUAUUACAAGAAGAAGGUAAAGGUGUAUUUAGUGCACGAAGUAAUGUCCUUGGUCAUAUGCAACAAGGCGGUUUACCAUCACCAUUCGAUCGAGCAUUUGGCACGAAAUUAGGAUGUAAAGCGGUUACAUAUGCAGUAUCAUUAAUUGAAAAUGCCGCAACAGAGGAAGGAAAAGUUGUUUGUAAUACUCCCGAAAGUGCUGUUGUAUUAGGUUUGGUUAAACGACAAAAUACGAUUACACCUGUUGAAACACUUAAAUCCAACACUGAUAUUGAACAUCGUAUGCCACUUGAACAAUGGUGGCUUAAACUUCGACCAUUACUUCGUAUUUUAGCUAAACAUGAAAGUGUAUACAUAGGCGACUUCGUCGAAACGGGUGUUGAUGAAGUGGACUAG